CGUACCGAAUUGGAACCUCUGGCUUAAGAGUGAUCAUGUUUCUCCAGUAUUACCUCAACGAGGAGGGAGAUCGGGUCUAUACGCUGAAGAAAUUUGAUCCGAUGGGACAACAGACCUGCUCAGCCCAUCCUGCUCGGUUCUCCCCAGAUGACAAAUACUCUCGACACCGAAUCACCAUCAAGAAACGCUUCAAGGUGCUCAUGACCCAGCAACCACGCCCUGUCCUCUGAAAGUCCGUUAAACUGAUGUCUCUUCUGCUGCCUGUUAACCCUCAGAGACUCCAUAACCAAACUCUUCAAUCUGUGAGCCC